AUGGGUCCCUUGAUGGUAUCGGACCAUCCGUCCUGUUUGAAAUCAAGAAAAUCGACGAAGUCAUGGAAUAAAUAUAUAAAAGGUGCUUCGGCUGUGUUUGCAUACCACAUCUCAAGAGGUGAAAAGAUCACGGUGUUAUCCCCGCCUCCUCCAGAUCGAUUCCACCCGGAUGGCUUGACCAAUUAUCAAACUAUAGAGGAGCCAGUUCUGAAAGGUGCAAUUGGAGGGGUUGCGGUAUCACGCAUUGAAAUGGUGCAUCCGACCGUCAAGGGAGCCGAGGAUUUCUACUACCAGGUCUGGCCGGCCGAUGAAACCCAUCUCUGGAUUGCAAAUUUCGGGAUGCUGCUUUCAAAGAAACAACACUGGAGAAGAGUGUCAUCCAAGAAGCGAAACCUAGUGGUGAGCCAGGCAGAGGUCUUUAUCCAAACGGAGACCAAGGUGCAAAAUGUGUCAGGGACAGCAAAGGCUCUGAAGGAGAAGAAGGAAGAGAAGAAGAAAAGGGAGAAGAAGGCAGAGAGGAAGAAGAAGAAGGCGGAGAGGAAGAAGCAGAGGGAGGAGAAGAGGAAGAAGAUGACAACGACCAGCGACACCUCCAAAACACGAAAAAUAUCCGAUACUGAAAAUUCCCCAAACAAUAUAAAAGCUUCCGAUUCCCCAAAAUGCCUCCGGGUUCCCAACAGCAACAAAAUUGAUGAUGGUGUAGAAGAGUCAUCUCGGCCUUCCAUGUUGGCCCGGUGGAUGAUGUACCUAUGGAGUUAG